GUACGUCAGCGGGAGGCGGAGUCACGACCCUAGGUGCGGCGAGUAGCAACGGCAGUUAUUCGUGGACGUUUAAGGAAAAUUCUCCCGUUUAGCCACUCAAAACAUCUGCUCGGCGGUCAGGGAGACCUGUCAGACGGAUCAGAGAAGCGGUUAUCACAGCUGAGUAUCCGUCCGGUUCGCGUUCGGGUGACGAAUUUGACGGUUUUGCGGCCAGAAAUUGUAUUUACAUAAUCAGCUUUGCCCGGUAUUCGCAGCGGGUUACCGCCGGUCCUGCCACCGUGUCUUGGUCGUUUAUCAGCAGCGGCUGUUUAACGUUAGAGGCCGGUGAAUUAACACAUUAUUGGGAUAAAUUUUGUGUGUAAAAGAGCGAGAGCGGAUAACAGUGUGUGUGUGUUUUUUACAUGCAUUUUUCAUCAUUCAGAAAAACAAGUUAUACAACCAGCCAGGCUGCUGCUUCGUGGUCAUCCAAGUCCUAAAGCCCGCCGAGUUCGCCGCCGCACUGUCGGAGAGCGCGCGCCGUCUCGUGCCCAAAUGAUUCAGCAUCCGUGCGUUUCUGAGUUUUUCGACACAAUGGAAAAGGUUCUGUUAGAGCAAGGUUAACCAGAGCGGAACCGAAACACAGCAACACAGAGACUUUUAUUCACAUAUUUGGACUUUUCUUCUUCUUCUCCUUCUUGGGCUUCAUUUAGAAUAAACUGUGGGAAUAAAAGAGGAGUGAGCACCAGAAAAGACUGCCGAUACUAUUCAAAAAGUUUAAAAAGGACUCGUCCAGUUGAGUAAUGGUCAUUAAUACGAUCCACUGGUUCAGGAAGGGCUUGCGGCUCCACGACAACCCGUCGCUCAAGGAAUCUCUGCUGGGAGCAGACACCGUCCGCUGCGUCUACAUCCUCGACCCCUGGUUCGCAGGAUCGUCCAACGUCGGGAUCAACAGGUGGAGGUUCUUACUGCAGAGUCUUGAGGACUUGGACUCCAGCCUCCGUAAGCUCAACUCUCGUCUCUUUGUGAUACGAGGCCAACCCACUGAUGUCUUUCCCAGGCUCUUCAAGGAAUGGAAGAUUAGUCGUCUGUCUUACGAGUACGACUCCGAGCCCUUUGGGAAAGAGCGAGAUGCAGCAAUUAAGAAGCUGGCCUCUGAGGCUGGAGUGGAGGUGACAGUUCGCAUCUCCCACACACUCUAUGACCUGGACAAGAUCAUAGAGCUGAAUGGAGGCCAGUCUCCCCUCACCUACAAGCGGUUCCAGACUCUCAUCAGUCGCAUGGAUGCAGUGGAGGUUCCUGCAGAGUCCAUCACAGCUGAGAUCAUGGGGAAAUGCACUACGCCGCUGUCUGAGGACCACGAUGACAAGUUUGGGGUUCCUUCCCUGGAGGAACUUGGUUUUGAUACUGAAGGUCUGUCCUCAGCUGUGUGGCCGGGAGGAGAGACUGAAGCCCUCACCAGACUAGAGAGGCAUUUGGAGAGGAAGGCGUGGGUGGCCAACUUUGAGCGUCCCAGAAUGAACGCCAACUCGCUGCUCGCCAGUCCGACCGGCCUCAGCCCCUACCUGCGCUUUGGCUGCCUCUCCUGUCGCCUCUUCUACUUCAAACUCACCGACCUCUACAGGAAGGUGAAGAAGAACAGCUCCCCUCCUCUGUCGCUCUACGGUCAGCUGCUUUGGCGUGAGUUCUUCUACACGGCGGCCACCAACAACCCCUGCUUCGACAAGAUGGAGAGCAACCCCAUUUGCGUGCAGAUCCCCUGGGACCGCAACCCCGAGGCGCUGGCCAAGUGGGCGGAGGGCCGGACCGGCUUCCCCUGGAUCGACGCCAUCAUGACCCAGCUGAGGCAGGAGGGCUGGAUCCACCACCUGGCCCGACACGCCGUCGCCUGCUUCCUGACCAGAGGAGACCUGUGGAUCAGCUGGGAGGAGGGCAUGAAGGUGUUUGAGGAGCUGCUGCUGGAUGCAGACUGGAGUGUGAAUGCAGGCAGCUGGAUGUGGCUCUCCUGCAGCUCUUUCUUCCAGCAGUUCUUCCACUGCUACUGCCCCGUGGGUUUUGGCCGACGCACAGACCCCAAUGGCGAUUACAUACGGCGCUACCUGCCCAUUCUGAGGGGAUUUCCAGCCAAGUAUAUUUAUGAUCCCUGGAACGCUCCGGAGGCCGUGCAGAAGGCAGCAAAAUGUAUCAUUGGAAUGCAUUAUCCAAAGCCCAUGGUGCACCAUGCAGAGGCCAGCCGCCUCAACAUCGAGCGGAUGAAGCAGAUCUACCAGCAGCUCUCCUGCUACAGGGGUCUGGGCCUUUUGGCUACAGUUCCAUCCAACUCCAAUGGAAACGGUAAUGGCACCAAUGAGAUGUCGUCAGACGUGAUGGGAUUCCCUGUUGAGGCUUCACACGACGCUGCAGCUCCAUCAGUCUAUCAGAUGCCGGUUCACUCCCAGGGAGACUGGCAGAGUGGCGUCAUGAUGUACCUGCAGGGGGAUCCACAGUCCAGCAUCAGGACACACCAGCAGGUUCCAGGUUACUCAGCCGGUUCCAGCAUGAUGUGUUACACUCAGAACACCCAGCAGAUUCCUGGUGCUGCAAUUCAGAAAGGGCCGGAGCACCACCCCUCCACUCAGACCAGUGGCAAACGGCACAACGAGGACUCUGGGAACGGCAAAAGCUCUAAAGUCCAGAGACAGAGCAACCACUAAAGAGGUGUUCCUACAGACAUACCGUCACCCAUAUCACGUACACGACCAAAACAAAACGGACACUAAGACUCUCUAAGAAAUUUUGUUACAGCACUACGAUUUGCAUGAACACACCCCCAGGACGAAGCAUCCCAACCCGUCACUAAACGCAUCCACACGGACCGUCUGCUGUGGUGUGGACGACACGGCCGAAGAAGAGGCUGCUGCACCGCGCUCACGCCUGGGUUCAUAUUUACUGGGGACUAAAGCCCUUGUGUAUAUAAUGAAAUUUGCUAAUUGCAGCUCACAUACAACUUGUACAUAUUUGGAUAUUGUAUGUGUGUUUUCUCUCUUUGUGUAGCCAUAGACCCAUUGAUAUAUUUUUGAUAAGAGAAAUCAUUGUGGAUGGGAUCGUUCUUUUGGACAAAUUUUCAAUAAAAAACCAAAAGCAUUUAUAGACCGUCGGUUCAGACUAAUCAAAACGGUGAGAAAAGCUUGUAUCUCCGCUGCACUCAUUUACUCCCCAGAUUGUUUUCGUCGAGCCGUCCAGUGUAUAUAUCAACUGAAGUGUUUUGAUCUAUCUCAGUACUAGUGGACUUGUUUCAUUCCUUCCCACUAUAGAUGCAAUGUCACUAUAUCAUCUUUCCGCCCUUGUCGAUGGUUAUUGAGGAAAAAGGGGAGAGGAAAGCGGAGUCUUCAUGUCUUUAUGGUGCCCUUGUAUAAUCCCAAAUAAAUGUACCACUGGAGAGAACCGCUUCACCUGCUUCUUGUUCCUUCUCAAUGUGCUUGUUUUAAUUAAAACUGGGUUAAAUAUA